AUGGAAUAAAUAAGAGAGUAUUUUAUUCCCAUCAAGGAAAUAAGCCAAAAUUUAUGUUGUAAAAUUUGUACAUAUGUUGCCAUAAGUGCGGUUGAAUGUUAAACAUGCGAGUAACUCUAUUGUGAAGAUUGUGCAAAACUUUGGUAGCGUAAAAAAGAUUAGUGUCCUGAUUGUAAAGGGGAGUUUAAGGUAAAGCAGCCUCAUAGAUUGAUUAGAGAAGAACUCUCAAAAUUGGCAUUUUCUUGCAAGAAUGAUGCUCAGGGUUGUAAGGCUCCGAUUUUAAUGAAUGAUGUGCUUCGACAUGCUGAGGAAUGUUAAUUUAAGAAUGUUAAAUGUCCUUGUGGAUGGAGUGGACCUUAAUUGAAAUAAAAAUAACAUGAACAAACUUGUUAAUAGUUUGCAACAAAACAAUGUAAUAUUUGUAAGGAAGAUAUCAAGUUGGUUAAAUAUCAAACUCACAAUUGUUUUUUGGAACUCAAAUAGCAAUUCGAAAAGAUUACAGAAAAAUUCUAUGAAUAUAAAGAAACUUCGGAAUAUUCAAUUAAGGAAUUAAAAAAUCAUGCAAGCAAGGAAUCCAAUGAAUUGCAGAGUGUAAAACAGUAAAUCAAAGGAAUUGUUCAAGAGAACAAUGAACUAAGAAAAUAGAUGACAGAUUUGACAUAGGUAUUAAAAAACUAAGAAUAAUAAUUUAAACAAGUAAUAGAAUCACAAUAAUAACAAUAAUAACAAUAAUAACAAGGACCAUUCUUAACACAAGGGAAACUGGUAGAAUCACGACAAUUUCAAUGUGCUAAAAGUCACUGGUUGUAAUAUUGGAUGAAUCCCAACGGAGAAGAAAAGACCAAGAAGUGUUUUAGAUGUCAGAAAACAUAAGUAAAUUGUAGAUAUUGUUGUCCUUUAUGUUGCUUUUUUGUUUGCUUAAAGUGUUAAGAACCUGAGUUAACAAAGAAUCCUCAUGAAAAUUCUGUACUCUGUCCUGCAAGACACAAGGUAACGAAAAAGAUUAUGGGUUUGAAAUGCACUGUUUGUGAUAAGACUUCGGUAUAAAUGAAAUAACCAGGAGGUGCUGAUUGUACAGAAUGUGAUUUCGCUAUUUGCUUUGAAUGUCUAGAAAAUGAAAGAUAUAAAUCAAGAGUUCAACAAUGUCCAGUCUAAUGA